AUGGCUUCCAGACCCUCUGCCGCGCCUACGGGCCAUGGGGCAGUCUCCCCUGAGACGCAAAGGCCUCAUGUGAUUUUUGUUGGGGGGUUCCGCAUCGCCACCCAGAAGCUCCCCAUCCUCAAAGCGGAGCCCAUUGAGGAGAUGACGAAGCAGCUGGGCAUUGCACCGCCUGAGAUGAUCUUCGGAGACAACCAUGUCACCAUUGAACAUGAGAAGACUGGUUGGGGAAUCGACUUCAACGCGUUUGACGCGCUCGACCGGGUUGACAAGACUGGGCAGUCCAUGCUGCAGGUCGCAUAUUCAAAGGAAUGGCAACAAAGCAGAGAGAAAACACAUGAAGGAAUCAAAGAGGUCGUCAAGCCGUUCGACUGGUCCUACAGCACCGAUUACAAGGGCACACUCAGUCCCAAUGCGCCCCCAUUUGAAGAGACCGAGAAGCCGAUUCCCAUCGAAUUAUUGAAGCGCCCUGACCCUAUCCUUUUUUUCGACGAAGUUGUGCUAUACGAAGAUGAGCUGGCCGACAAUGGAAUUGCAAUGUUGUCUUGCAAGAUUCGUGUCAUGCCUGGCAGACUCCUGCUAUUGUCGAGGUUCUUCAUGCGUUUGGACAAUGUUUUGAUACGUCUUCGCGACACUCGGGUUUACGUUGACUUCGAGACUCGCGAGGUGAUUCGGGAAUACCAGUCGAAGGAGUGUGAAUAUGAGAAAGUUAGACAAAUCCUAGCAGGUACUCGCGAUGACAUUCCAGCAUUGAUGAGAGAUCCAAACCGGCUGUCAGAGAUCUUGCCUAUCGUGGAGAAGCGCUCCGAACAAGUGGUUCUUGGUGGCUAA